AGGAUGGCCACCUACUGCAGGAUCACAGGCAAGAGCCGCGGCCUCCCCAAGCCCAACUACUUUCCACUUCUGCCUCCUAUAUCACCAGCGGACGCCAAGCGAUUCUGCCGCAUUACUGGAAAAGCUUACGGUCUGCCCAGCCAUCAUUAUAUCCCCGUACUUGUCGGUAAGCCCAGAAACAGAAAACAGUCUAAGCCACACAUCAUCAUCAACGGCUACAAGUACUUUUUCCCAUGCCUCCAAGAUGCCCCUAAUCUCCAAGAAAUCUUAGAAACUAAAACUAAAAAUGGUAAAAAUGCUCAAUACGUUUACACUGUGAAGGAAAAGAAAUGUAGUUUAGUUUUUACCGCUGAAUUAGAGGCUGCAGUUAGAGAUGGAGAUGUUCGUGACGUGAUGCUGGCUAAAGACAACGAUACCGUUCUUUUGAAGUUGAAGCAAGGUGAUGUUUCUCUUGAAAUGAAAGAGAUCGAUGUUGAAGAUCUUUCUUGUGACCUAUAUGAAGGGGAAGGAGUAGCUAUUCGUAAGGACAAUACAACUACCGGACGUAUAAGAAAGAUUUUUGAGGACAAAGAAAUAGUCGAUGAACCUGUAGUUCAAAAGAAACCCAAAAAAGAAAUGAGGAGCUGGAAACGAGCUGAGAUAUCAAAAGUAAAAAUUCCUACAGUAUCGUUUGAAUCUUGGGUGUGGGAUCAGUUUGAAGAAACUGGAGCUUCACCUGUUAUCACGAGAUUACCGACGCCGGUUUCUGUUGCUCCUAUCAGUUUGGAUUUGAGCCAAUCUAAGCCAGGACUGAUACAACAGCCUUACAUGACUGAAUCGUAUAUUGGCUUGGAACCUGCUUCGGUCGUUGCUCCUUUUAAGCCUUUAAUUAUUGAACCAGAUUCAGUUGUUCAAGAACGAUUGAAAUCUUUGUCUAAUGAAGAACUUGCAAAAACGAUGAAACCCGAAAUCCUUUUGGACAAAGAUUUGCUCCCACGCCUAGAAGAGAUAUCGCAGAUCACCCCCUUGCUCGAUAAAGGUUCGAUUACAUUAUUCGAAAAUGGUGGAGAGACUGUAGAGGGUGUUGUUAUAGAUAUUGACGGUAAGAAGCGAAUAGUCGUAGGUCAAGAAUUGGUAACGGAAGACGGAAAAUUAUUUGUUCCUGGGCAAACGAUUCUCACCCCCUGUGGACACAGUUUCGUUCCUGGUUUUGUAAUAGAAUCCGAACAAGAAUGUAAAAUUGUUCCAGGAGAGAUAUUUGUUGUUGAAGGGAAAAAGGUGUUUCUUACUGGUACGACAACACUUACUAACGCGGGUGAAAAGUUUGUCCAAGGUCAAUUUAUGUCCACACCCGAAGGAACAAAGUUCGUUCCAGGACAAACUGUGUACUCUAAAAAUGAAUUGCGAUUUGUAGCCGGCCAGAUAACUGCAGAUGAUAGAUUUUUACCAGGCUUAACUACGACAACCUCGGAGGGUACGGAAUUCAUUCCAGGACAAUACGUAAUAGUUGAUGGUAAAAAAAGCUUUGUUCCGGGCCAGAGUAUUUGGACUGAAAAGGGAUGGGAGUUCAUGCCUGGAAAAACAGUUGUUACUGAGGAAGGGAAAAAAUUUGUGCCUGGGAGAGAGACGUUAGAAGGCUUCAUGCCAGGCCAAUUCGUAAUAGAAAAUGGUAAGUCCAUUUUUGUACCUGGCAAAACAGUUGAAGAAGAUAUUUUGAAAUUCGUACCUGGCAUGACAGUUGAAACCAAAGACGGUUCUAAGUUUGUACAAGGUCAAAUUGUAACAACAGAUUCAGGUCAGAAAUUCGUUCCAGGAAGAACUGAAAUUUUAGAUGGUGAAAUAGAAUUUGUAUCAGCUAAAAAUACAGACGAAAUACUGUUUCAAAAUACUAAAUAUAUCGAAAAAAGUACUCAAGUUUUUUCGGAAGGAGUUUUUGGCCAUAUGGUGCAAUCUAAGCUUGGUGUUGAAUUUUUUCCUGGUUCAGCGGUCGGGCUUCCGGCUGGAAAAGUGGUGCCAGGAAAACUCACUAGAGGAGAAGAAGUCAAAUUUGUGCCAGGUCUUAUUAUCGAUGGUGUAUUCGUACCAGGCCAAGUUGUUAUGACUGAUUCAGGAAAAGAAUUCAUCCCGGGACAAGUAAUUGAAACCUCAGAAGGUCCAAAAUUCGUACCAGGCCAAAUAAUACAGUGUAAAGGUAUUUCAAAAUUUGUUCCUGGGCAAACAGUGCAGACAGCUGACGGACCUAAAUUUGUACCCGGACAGAUCGUGGAAACUAAAUCCGGUCCAACUUUUAUUCCGGGACAAGUAAUUUAUACAGAAGAGGGAGGUUCGAAAUUCGUUCCUGGUGAAGUAGUAGAGACGUCAGAGGGACCGAGAUUCGUUCCCGGAAGAGUUGUUGAAGCUGGUGAUCACGUCACUUUUGUACCAGGUCAAGUUGUAGAAACGAAUGAUGGCCUGAAAUUCAUCGCUCCGGAUCUUAUUGGUGACAGCGAGGAAGAUCGUGAAUUUACUGUUCAAGGAUUCGAGAUAAGUCCAGAAGAGCUUGGGCUUCUUCAGCCUAGAUCAUGUGUCCCAUCAGUGAAAUCGUGGGAAAUGUCAAUUGACUCGAAAAUGUUACGCCAACUUUCUGAGGCAGGUAUGGGGAUAGGUAGACAAGUGAGCAUCGAAGUACCUGCUGUCGAUGUCAAAACUGCCCCAGCAAUGUCAGCAGCUUGUGUUCUUUCUAAAAAACUUGCUCUAGACCCAGUGACCACUCUGAAAAUAAGCCAGAUAAUUGUUGCUGUAGUUCAGCUGGGUAAACUAGGAGAAAUUCCAGGAUCCUCUGAGGAAUGCAACACAUUAAAUAGAAUCUUAGAAAGAGUAGUUCAUUGCAAAAACGACGAAGAGGCUUACAAAUUAAUAUCAAAUAUUAUUGAGAAAGAAUUUUCCUCGAAUAUGUUACAAAGCGUAGAUAAGCUCCAUUCGUAUAUAACUUCUAAAGAAUCGCCAUUAAAAAGACUAAACAAGUUAAAUAUUCUCAAGGAACUACUCAACUGUCAUUCAAAACCAUUAGAAGUCAUAGACAAAUUAAAUAUUAUUUUAAAAGAUGAAGAAGGCACUGUUUGUUGUGCGUUACAAAAAUUAUCGGAAACAUCUCCUGAAAUAGUUCCAUUAAUAAUGGAAAGAUUAUCGGACAGUAUUGAAUCAUUAGGGACGGAGAGGGAAGUAGUGGAUAUUUUACACAAAAUUAUAGUUUCGGCUGUUCGCGAAGCUUCUGAAAUGAAUAUAGUAGAUCUUCUUAAAGAUACGGAAAACCUAAAUUUAAAAUCUCUUAUAUUAGAAGCUGUGGGAUUGGCAAAAGCGCUCGAUAUGCAUGACACAGCUGUAGCUCUUUUAGGAAUACUUUCGAAUCCAAAAUGUACUGAUAUUCUGGCAGGAGAUCGGUUAACUUUGGAAAUUCUUCGAAGGCUUACAGUAAUGAGGCAACUUGCUGCACGUAAGCCCGAAUUGAUAGCUGCUCUAAAGAAGCUCCAUAUGGACCCCUACGGUGCAAGGAGUGAUCCGUCCCUGAGACAGUUGGUACGGGAGAGUGGUGCACUCCUGGUAGUUCCUGAAGACGGGAUAUCAUCAAAGAGUGUACCAACUUCCUUAUUCUUUUCGCAAAACUCUCUAGCGAUGGAAGAAUUCUUGACUCGUACUAAACGGAUCUACAGUAUCUUAGUAAUCAUCAAAAACGGGAUCCAAGCUGUCAUACCGAGAGAAGCUGCCCACUCAGUACUGACCGGUUCUGUUCCCUACGUCGUCUUAGACGAAAAAGGUCUUCAUCACUUCCAACCUAAACAUGUAUUCAGUGCCUUGAAAUUACCGAAAAUCGCUACUCAUUGGUUUUCGUCUUAUAAAUGUGAAAUGGUUGAUGCACCUCUAAAAAGUAUAAUCGAAACCUAAUAGAGAAAGUGCUGUGAUAAAGAAUUUUCUUAAACUUUAAAUAUUUUUUAUUUUGUAUAAUUAUUUUCAGUAUAUUCUGCAUUUUAGGUAAUGUUAAUAUGAAACAGCUUAUUAUAUGAACCUCGCACUCUGCAGCCUUAACAAUUUUUUUUUUUGUACUAACCAAUAAUUUACUUUAGGUAUACCUUUAGAUCGUUACCUUCAUGUUAGCUUUAAAACUCUUGGCUGUGAUCGGAUUAAUUGUAUAUUGAAUCGAGUGCCAUAGAUAAUGGUGAGAUUUAUUAGGGACCAACUCUUUGGCAAACUGUACUAUUAAGUGUCAGGCGUAUUCUAAAAUAAACUCUUCCUCUUUUAUGACAAUAGAGUUCAUUCACCCAGUCUUCCAUUUUCUUUUCAAUAUUUCGUUUAUUAAAUGAAAAAUAUUAUGAUCGAUCAAUAAUAUAAAUUAUAAGUUUCACGUGACUUCAUUUAAAACAAUACUUAUCCAUGUCUAGGUUAGCCAUUUUGCCAAAGAGCCUAUCAUUAUUAGAAUAUUGUAAAUAAAGUGCUCGAUGUUCCUAGUGACUGACUUAAAUCGUCAUUUAACAGAUGCCUCGUGAGGUAGCUGACAUCGUAUGGUUGUAUUAGGCGUGUGUUUUACUACCAUGAGUUAUUAAACUAAAUUUUAGUUGUUGUUUUUUUAAUUAUUGUUUUCAAUUCCAUUGCGUUGCCUGGAAGUCGAAUAUAUUUUUUUUAUAUAUAUUGUUAUCAAAAACGAUUUUCGUUAUAACUAUAAAACAUAUUAAUUCUACACAGUUGGUUUAAUGUUUCGAUUUCUACUUUGUGAAACAUUGCUUGUUGUUUGAUUUAGAC